UCAGGUGCGGCCCCGCCCGGCCCGAGCCCGGAAGCGCCGGGCGGCGGUGCGGGGGCGAUGGCGGGGCCGCGGCCGCUGUUCUUCCUCCUGCUGCCGCCCCUCUUGCUGCCCCUUCUGCUGCCCGUGGCCGCGGCCCUGCGGCUGCUGCUGGACGCCGCGCCGCCCUUCACCUGCUCGCAGCCGGAUUUAAGCUGUCUGGUAAGAAAUAGCACUUGCAUGGAGUCAAGCUGGCUGAAGGUUCCUGCAUGGACUCCUUCUGCUCCAAGCAGUCUCCAUGUUUCCUCAGAUGUUUUCCGUCAGGAGGAUGGAAAACUCUUCCCUGUGCUUCAGAUAGAGUGGAAAGUGGCCACGGAUGCCAGCAUCCGCUGUCUGGAGGGGGCAGAGCUCGCCGUGAUGCAGGUGAACAGCAACCAGCAGAUCUGUGCCCAGUUUGACUUCCAGAACAAUUUGCCUCUUCAGGUCCGUCCGGAUGGAGGCCGGUGGAAUUUCACUUUUGACCGUUUUGAAGUAGAACCUGGCCAGACUUACCAAGUGACUGUGUAUCACCUGCCCAAACUGGGCGUAAAUGGAGACUACAAUUGCAAGUCCACGUCUCUCACAAUGCCUGACUGUGAGGAUUCUCUGAUGAAAAGAACUGUCCCAUGUAUAAAGACAGGCAGCCUGUGGGAACCCAGGAUCUGGGCUGAAAGUCUGGAUGAUUCAGCUGUGCUCGUGAGCUUCAACCCAUGGAUGGAGCCAGCCCGGUACCAAAUCCAUGUGAGCAGUUACCUGAACGAGAAGAGGUGUAAAAUGAUCACAAGGGAUUUCACGGAGGAUGGACUACAACAGCAAGUGAAUGUCACAAUCAAAAUAGAGAAGAACAUAAAAGCUUGCUGCAGAUACAAAAUAGAGAUUCAGCCAUUCUUUGCAAGCUGUGGCACAGACUGUAUUAGACACUCUGCUUCACUCAAGUGUAAACCAGUUCCAAGUACAGAACCAUCGGAUGACAUGAUGAUAUGGCUCUACUGGUGUAUCACUGGGAUCUCUGUGUUACUGGUGGGGUCAGUCAUCACAGCUGUGCUGUGUAUGACUAAAAAACGAGCAGGACGCCGGCAAUGCAGCCACAACAAUUUGCAAGCUGCAGCGUACACCAAGCUGUCCCUGCCGCCCUUGAAGCCGCGGAAGGUUUGGGUUGUGUACUCUGCUGACCACCUGCUCUACGUGGACGUGGUGCUGAAGUUUGCUGAGUUCCUGAUGACCGUCUGUGGCACUGCUGUGGCCUUGGAUCUGCUGGAAGACCACCACAUCUCAGAGCUGGGGCCCUUACCCUGGCUGACGCGGCAGAAGAAGGAAAUGGAAGAGCUGUCUUCAAAGAUCAUCAUCUUGUGUUCUCGGGGCACCCAGGCCAAGUGGCAGGCCAUGCUCGGGAGCGAGCCUGUGUGUCUCAGGCAGGAUCAGCAAAAGCCAGUGGGAGACCUGUUCACCCCAGCCUUGAAUCUGAUCCUGCCAGAUUUCAAGAAGCCAGCCUGUUUUGGAAUGUACAUAGUCUGCUACUUCGAGGGAAUAAGCAGUGAGAGAGAUAUACCUGAUCUGUUCAAUGUCACGUCCAGGUACCAACUGAUGGACAAGUUUGAGGAUAUUUAUUUUCGGAUUCAGGAUCUGGAGAAGUUUGAACCUGGGCGCAUCCAUCGAAUCCAGGAAAUCACAGCUGAAAAUUACAUCGAUACCCCCAGUGGGAGGAAGUUGAAGGAGGCCAUAGAGAAGUUCAAGAGCUGGCAGACUGAGCACCCAGACUGGUUUGAGAGUGAAACCAUCUGCUUGGAUAAUGAUGAGGAGUUGCAUUCCCUGAACAGGGAGAGCCAGGUGGAUUCACUGCUGAGUGAGCCAGGUGGAAUUGUGAAACACCAGCUGCACCUACGUGAGCCUGACCCUGGCUGCUGUCACGUCAUCAACCUCCACGUGCACGAGGGUGAAAGUACAGGCUGCAAGCUGCAGCCUCAGCUUAAUCCAUGUGGGGAUCCAAAUUCCCAGAUUGUGGUCCUUCCUAUGGAUGUUCCUCGCAUUCAGGUGGUGGAGCCAGUCUCUUCCAUGGAAGAUAGAAAUGUACUCAGUCACCACGUGCUGAGCAAUGAGAACUGUAUGGAAGGAGUUCCUCUUCUUGAGACAAGCUUUCCAAUGAGGAAUAACCUCCUUCUCCUCCACGAUGGCUCUGAAGUCUCAGUAGCUGACCAGAGCCCUGCAAACCUCUCAGAUGACCUGAGUGACCAUCUGGAUGGACUCAUGUACCCUCUCUAUCAACAGAGUGUCAUUCCUUCAGAGCCCUGUCUCUGCCAGGGGGAGGCUGACAAGCAGCACCAGCUGCUCUUCGAUGACCAAUGCAAAGACCAAAGACAGUCAGUGCAGUCAGACCAGGGCUACAUCUCCAGAUGCUCCCCUCUGCCUCCUGAGGACCUUCUAGAGGAGGAGGAGGAAGAGGAGGAGGAUCAGGAACAACAGGUGGGCUUCCAUGAACUCUCUCCAGAGGUCCUGAACAGUCUAAAGAGCCUCCAGAAGCAGCUGUUUUUCCAGGACAUUGAGAGGAGCUCUAGCUGGAGCUAUCCAGCAGAGGUGAUGGACAUUGACCAGUCUUUGGAGGACUGUUAGGCUCUGCCUGGGACCUGCUCUGUUUGAAAUUCAGGGAUGGAAGGUGUUCCCAUGCACAGCAGCACUGAGACUGCACUUCCAGCACCAUCCUUGUCCUUGUAUUGUAGAUGGUUUAGUGCUGGGAUCUUCCUGGGUGCUGCAGGGAUGCAGCACUGCCCAGCAGACAUGGAAUGUUGCUUCCAGUCUCUGUGGAGAGAAGCCACAAAUAUUGGCCACCCCUGUGGAACAACAGGCAGUGGUUCUGUUCCUUGGGGAAAGGCAUUACACUGAAUUCUCACUGAUGGAUGGCAGAAAAAAUUGCUGUGGCUCAUCCACUCGUGCCUUCAAAAUGCCCUCCAGCUUUGCUGAUUCUAUUGCACUGGAUAAAAGUCAGGCAUGGUUUAGAAAAUAGUUUAGAUAACGUGGUAGCAUUUGCAUUGCCAUUUUAAUACACAUUUUAAACAUUUCCUUGUAAAUACUGUGUUAAAGAUGUGUGCCUUAAAUUUCAGCUAGAAUAGGGCUGUCUCUACCUGGUUGAUAAAUGAGCCUGGAGAUUUUUUGGUUUGUUUUUUUCCCCACUCAUCAUUCAUUUGCAGGUGCAUUUCCAUGGUCAUUCAGAAAUCAAGUGGAGUGGCUGAGAAUAAGUGGGAUAAACGUUUAAAUUGAGACUCUCCAUAACUCUUCCUGCCUCUCUUCUGAGAGGUAUGUGCUUGAAAACCAGCAGGGAGGAGGAAGAGGAGACCAAAAAAUUUAAUUUGGGGUUUGGUUUGUUUUUUUACAGUUUUAAGAAAUGUGGGGCUGACUACAGAAUCACAGAAUUGGGGGAAUCUGGUGUAUUCUGUGACACACUGCUGCAGUGCUCUUGGCUUUGGGAUGUCUUAGCACCAGAGAGAUGUGAACUGAAGAUACAGGUAGUGACACCCAAAGAAAUAAAUGAUUGUUUUGGAGGAGGAAAAAGUGUAGCCUCAGCAGAUGAUGUUUUAGAGUGGAAAUUGUAUCUGAGUCAAGGGAGGCUGAGCAAAAACGACUGUAGGAUGUACUUGUGUGGGUUGAAGCUCAAGCACAGGUAGUUCAGGUUAACCACAGUGAAAUACUGAACAGACUGAGGGAUUCAUCUUCCAGGAGCUGUGAUGGUGAGGCUGGCAUUUACCCUGUUUCUUAUCACUCUUUCUGCAGCCCACUGGAUAACAACCUGUGAGAUUUAAAUACAUCCAGGCCUUUCUCCUUUGUCAUUUUCCCAUCCAUCUAAGUUUACUUGUCAAAAAAUCUUUUAUCUGAGCUUUUUUCAAAAUCUUAACAUCUCAGAAAAGAAUCUGUUCUUUUGACUGGCAAUUUAUUCUGUAUUGUGUGUAUUUUAUAAUUUUGUGUCUAACCUGUGGGGUUUUUUUCCUUAAAUUAAAAACCAAGAAUACUUUUUGGAUAUAUUUACUGAAACACUUGUGUG